CGUCAUUCUCUCUUGAUUAUAUCUGAUUCCUCCAACGUUUUCUACUCCUAAAACCCAUCAAAGUAGUUCUAUUUAAUAAACAAUUGGCUACGCGAUUGAAAGAAUUAGUUGCAUUAUUUCCCACUGAAAGUGUCACGAUGCCAACGUACACACGGGUCAUGUUAUUGUAAGCGAUCCAAUAUCGACUUAAUCUGUCAUCUCCAGAAUGACGCACGUACAUCUCUCUGCCAUUGCCAAAAUUGCAAAAAAGCGUUUGGAACCAACUACACGGCCUAACUGCAAAAGCGCCGAAGGACUCGGUGGAAAUUCUGCAGGACAAGACGAAGGACCACUGUGCGAGAAUGGCUCAGGGGUCAUGCUCUAUCAAGAAUUUUACGACACUUUGCGGCAGUUUUAUUGCCCCCUCUUGCUACCUACAGUCGACUUUGGAUACCUACGUCUCCUUAUCUUCAGUGGGGAUGUCUGGCUAUCAGAACGGAUGGAAACAUUAGUGGGAGUUGGGAAGCAUUUCGCAAUUGAAUAUAUAUAUCACUCUGGGAAGAUUUUUCAAAGUCCGCUUGACUAACUUCGCUUCAAAGGAACUCGCGAAGAAACACUUUCGGUAUAUCACCGUUGGCACGUUGGAUGGUCAAGGUGGGCGCUUCUAUCGUGAGCGGCCGCUGAAGGCCAGGUUCAAGCUAGGUGAGCUAUCUCCCUCAUCUGGGGACAAGGCAAGAAUUAGCACAAUACCAUAAGUGUAGUUACGUGGGGGAUCUUCCAAAAUCAAGAAGAUUGUCGCGUAGGGCUAGGUCUCUUCACCUUACAAUUUGUAUGGCAAUUUGACCCGGGGUUGUGGUGUGGUAGGGGUGGACGGGGGAAAGUCCCACGCGGGGGCUUCCAACCACGUUUGGUUGAAUAACUUGUAUGAUCGAGGGCUGUUCGAUGGAUCUAUCGGCGGGUUCUUAUUCGAAAAAUUGAACGAGUUCGUGGUGGAGCGGUUGUAUGGUCUAUAAUUUAUCUAUCAAACAGUUUUAUUAAAUAUAUUAGAAAAUUCUCAGAAAAGCUC